GCUUUCAUAAAUAUGAGCUGGAAGGUUUCAAACUAAAAUGCACUGCGCUGGUUAGUCUACUUUCAUAAUCCGGGAUCACCCCUCUGGUCUGCGCAGAUGUGGCCAUGCUUCCCCAGUCUAACAGGGACUCUUACAUGGACCCACAGUUGAUCAGAACUACACACCAACUACUGCAAGUAGUGGAGAAUAUCUGGCAUAGAACCAAUCAGUACAUACAGGAAACGUGUGUAUGACAGGCCACAAGUGACACAGACCUUCCCGGUGUUUGAGCCACAAUGUCGACAAUAUUCAUCCUGUUCUGUUCCCUGGCCUCGCUACACAGCGUCGCGUCUCAGGGAAAACCGCCAGGCAUAACAGAUCCGCUGGUGCAUCAAAUCAGGUUCAUCGCUGCCAAGGACAGCAUCAAUCUCACAUGCAAAGCAGAGGGCAACCCUACCCCCAAAUAUGCAUGGUACAGGAAUGGAACAGAAAUUGCGUCAAAUCCAUUCCAGAAAGUAGAUGCUGACACUGGUGCACUGGAAUUACCCAGCUUUUCAGGCAGGGAGGCGGGGGACUACCGAUGUGGGGCGACAAACAACAUCAGCCCAGGGGUAUCACCAUUAGCCAUGUCACCCGCUAUCAGCCUGAAAGAAAUCAGACAUGCUACUGGUUGGACUAAAAGCGGCGAAAUGGAACUCAUCAAUGCGUCAGAGGGGGAAUACGCCAAACUGGAAUGUAAUAAUGUGACCGCCGGUGACCCCAAACUUCCAUUCAGCUGGUUUCUGAAAUCAUCAUCUGAUGCUGAUCAGUUGCGAGAAAGUAACAGAACCUACAUUGACGAGAGAGGUACUCUACAUUUCAUCUACGUUGAGCCAAGUGACAAGACGAGUGGCAAUGAUGUGUAUAACUGUGCCAUCUAUAACAGAGUUCAGGACUACAUUAAGCUUGGCAAUGCCAAGAGACUAACAGUUAAAGAAGUCACUGGUAAACCAGAAAGGAAGCCUAGGAACCAGUUUAAAACCAACCCUGCGGAAUUCCAAAUUGGUCAUACAGCAGAGCUGGAGUGUGUUUUCAGCGGAUAUCCCCUACCAUCGAUCCAAUGGUUUAACAUAAGGAAUGAGCCCAUCAAUCCAGGAGGGAGAUACCAAAUGGAUAAACACAACAUGAAACUGAAGAUCGUUAAACUAACAGAGAAAGAUGAAGGCCUGUACGGAUGCAAGGGGGAGAAUACUCUUGGUGAAGCUGAGACGACCAUCUUUCUUGACGUAAAAUCUGGUCCUAUAUGGGAAAAAGCCAUCACUAACCUGACCGUACCGGAGGGUAGAGACGCUUCCUUCACCUGCAAGGCCCGACCAGCUAUCGACGAGAAAGCCUUGGAACCACCGGUGUGGUACAAGAAUUGGGAGAGAAUACAAAAACCAACAGGUAAUAUCAUCUUCGGGGACGAAGGUCGAGUCCUGACAGUGACUCAGCCGACAAAACCUGAUGACAUCAUGUGUUUCCAGUGCCAGAUCACCAACGACGUCGGCUCCGUGUUUUCCAACGGUUGUCUCAACGUCAUCAAACCCAUCGAAGUGACUACCCAGCCUCUACUUAAACAGGGCAUCAAGAAAGGUGAUCUGGUGAACCUCACUGUGCGGGGAACCACAGACCCGGGGAUGACUCUCAGGUACAGAUGGAAAUUCAAGAAACACACGUAUUACACAGGACUACCGCCACAUGUGGUCUACGACGACGUCACAAAACAAACCUACAUCAACACUACAAGUCUGAGCGAUGAGGAGUACAGACAGAUAGAAGGAACCUACACCGGAGUGCUGUACCACGACUUUGAAACCCGCCGUGUAGUUAUUGAUGUUACCAUAGGGCAAGAAACAGCACCGAUUGUAGUAGCACCGGCGGCCUUCCCGUUGUGGGUAAUCAUCCUAGUGGUCCUGUUCGUGGUGCUACUGGUUCUCUUCGUCCUCGCCUUCAUCGUCAUGUCCAGGAAGAAGGAAGAGGGAGCCUACAAAAUUUACAAGACGGAACUCGAUGUGACGUAUCUAGAUCCGGACGAUGAUAUUCAGAAAGGCAAGUUCCAAGAUGUGACCAAAAUAGAGUACACCGAGCUGUAUGACGGAAAGAAUGAUGCAGGUCCUUAGAAGGUCAUGGGGUCUACACAAACUUUCAGCUUGUAAAUCAUGUACACCUGACUGGUGAUACAUGAAACAAAUGUACCAUGAUGGGUUUCGGAAACAUAUUGUGUGACAUUCAGGUGUAUAGUUAACCGAUCAUAAAACAUAUUCGAACAUUUGCCUCCCCCGAUGAUAACCCAUAUAGUACCAUGGAAUGCAAGUUGAUAUCCACGUGUAGGGUUAUUGAAUUCGUCGCUAUUACUGUUCGAAGAUAUGCUUUUUUAUGCUAAUUUACUGUUUUUAUUUUGAUUUUUUUUUUUAAAUUGUUAUGGUGUUAGACUAUCAUAGUCAUUAUAUGUAUCAUAAUUGUAUAUACUUCACAUGGUUAUGCUACGCAGGUCAACUGAUUGUCACAUUACGCGAAAAUUUUCCCAUUGUGAAUUUCCGCUUCAUGUCGAGAAAUGAAGCUUUUUAACCAUCACGGCCAGUUUAUGGCGCCGACAUUCCCUAGUUGCUUGUGUACUUAUUAUGUACAUAUUCAAAAUUCAUAGAAAGACACAUUUUACUUACAAUUACACUUUCAAUCAACGUUUCACCAUCAAGGCGUGGAGCAUUGCUCAUAUGCAUGAUACCAUUGGAUUGUCUGGUCCAGACGCUGGUGUUGGCAUGCCGCCGCCGUAUGUCAGGGGUAUUGCUGGGUGCGGCGUUAUUUAUCAAACAAGCCCAAAUUUGUUAAUGAAAAAGUGUGAUUGGCGGAUGCUACCGGUAGAGCAGGACUUGCUUACUCUUUUCGCAGACACCGUGACCUAUUCAUAUUUCAUCACUAUUUUGCCUUUGAAGCCCAGUGGAAUCUGCUUCGCCAAGAAAUCGAGAGUGCUUACUUUUUUGUUUUGACGUUUUGAAUUUUAUUAGGACGUACUUGUAUGACGAUAUUUCUUCAUUUAUAUAUUAUUGUUGAUUUCUUUGCUAAUUCACAAAUCUAUGUUUCUUGUUUUAUUUUAAUUGUAUGAUUUAUAUUCCAGUUGCAACAUUUCCAUAAUAUGUGGUUUCUUCCUUCUUCAAUAAAAUAAAUGUUGCUAAAUUUCGA